AUGAAAUCAGCAACCACAAAAGUCCCUAACGGACAUGGGACCCUCUACAAGGAGGUUCGCUUCUCCCCAACAGCAACCCCCAUCCGCCGUGCGCAGUCGGUCUCAGGCAGCACCCCCGCCUCAAAAGUAGAAUACGGGCGGGUGCUUGGCAUGGUGAACCGUGAUCGUUCCUCCUACUUAGCCAUGAGCGCAGAUUACCUUGAUCAAGCCCGGUCGCUCCUUGAUCGCCAGCGAGUGAGCUUCGAGAAUGAAAGGGCCCUUUUUGGGAUGGAACGCCAAUUAUGGGAGAAAGAGCGGGCGCUAUUGAAGCAGAGAAUUUUGGAACUCGAAGCGUUGUUGAAAUCCAAAAAUACCAAUCCAGGUUCUCCCACUUCAUCCACUACUACCGUCAAAUUUUCUCUCAACCCCUUCGGUGGUCCUACAUCCUCUAAUUCAACGGACGAGCGCCACCAAAGCCACCAUCCGUAUAGCGCUCAGAUCUGGGAAGGAUCCAGCCCUAUGAGCCGGCCCACACGGGUGUUCCCUGACAUCGACCUGGUAGAUGGCCAGAACCACCCUGCGUCGAUCGCGGAGCAAGGAGCGCAUCUGUCAUUGACCGCUCCCUCCCUAGAUGCGGCGCUCUCGCCGCCCACUCGUGCCACCGACCUUUCGGCGGGUGCCAGCAUUUCCGUCCCCAUCGAGAAGCUUGACAGUAAGCUUGAUGGCAUUACACUCAAAUCGUCGGCCUUGCCGCCCGAGGUUGUUGCCCGCGUGAUGACGCCACCUUCCCCGUCGCCAGAAGGAUCGUCGACCGCAUCUUCUGACCAACCGAGGACACCCUCGGAGCGUAAGAACAGCCUGAAGCUCAAGCUCUCCGAGCUCGGACCUCCUGAUAUGAACCUCGUCCGGGAUGCUGGACACACGCCCAUGGCCAUCAUCGACAUCGACGCGGACACAGAACAUACCUCGGUGAAUGGCGAUUUCGUCACCCAAACCAAAGAGGAAGAACUCCUGGCUCCCAGGGCAACGACCGCUGGACAGCCUGCAGAGAAUUGUGACUCGUACUUCCCAGAUGUACCUGAAGAUCCCGCUCUGAAGGGGCCGUUAUCCCUGUUGAACGAGGAGGAACAUGACAAUGAGUUUUUACAGGAGUUGGAUCAGAAACUCCUCGACCAGGCCAUGCGAGCUAUUGGCCGCCGCCCCUCUGAACCGGACGACCAGGACGAGAAGGACGCAGACCCUGCUGGACAGGAUGAGUCGGUCCCUGAAUUGAAAUUUAAGAAUACAACCAAUUUUGGCACUGCGUUUGGAAGGUCGGAUUUUGGUAAAGUUUGA